AUGGCAAAUGAUAAGGCCUAUUUGUGGGUUUUUCUCUCAUUAUCGUUUAGUUCUGGUUCUUACCUCUAGCGGAUAAUACGUCAAACUUAUGGAUCUUUAUUAUACGCCUCUCGGCAGUGGUUGCCGCACAGUUCUCAUGGUGGCAGAGGCUGUGGGAAUUGAGUUGAAUAAAAAGCACUUGGAUACCUCAAAGGGCGAGCACUUCAAGCCGGAGUUUCUGAAACUGAACCCCCAACACACCAUUCCUACUCUGGUUGAUAAUGGACUUUCUGUUUGGGAAUCACGAGCUAUUGCUGUCUAUUUGGUAGAGCAAUAUGGAAAAGACGACUCUCUUUAUCCCAAGGAUCCCAAGAUUCAAGCGGUAAUCAAUCAGCUUCUUUAUUUCGAUAUGGGAACCCUAUACGUUGCCUUGGCCCAUUACUAUUACAACGUUUUUGCCACGGGACAUUAUGGCACUGCAGAGGAUUUCAAGAAGGUGGAACAGAGCUUCGAUCUUUUAAAUACUUUUCUAGUGGAUCAGGACUAUUUAGCUGGUAACUGCCUCACCAUUGCGGAUAUUGCCAUUCUUGGCAGUGUUUCUACUUUCGAUGCUCUAGAAUUUGAUAUAGGCAAAUUUCCAAAUGUUUUUAAGUGGUACGCGAAUGACAAGGAAAUAACUCCUGGUUUUGAAGAAAAUUGGAAAGGAGCCCUUAAAUUAAAAACCAUAAUCGAGGAGAAAAAGAAUGCAGCGAAAUAA